AUGACGGCUAUCACUUCCGCCGCCCCAUAUCUCUCGUUGCUGGAGGAACAUGACCCCGACCUCAAGAUCUACGCUCUGCGGUCUCUGAACACAGUGGUCGACCAGCUGUGGGCGGAGAUUGCCAACAAUAUCGCGGAAAUCGAACAGUUGUACGAGGACGAGCACUUCGUCAACAGACACCUUGCUGCACUCGUGGCUUCGAAAGUUUACUACAAUCUUGGCGACUACGACUCCUCCGUUAAAUACUCCUUGCUCUCGGGCAAAGAGUUCAAUGUGAACGACAAGUCGGAGUUCUCAGAAACCAUCGUUUCCAAGUGUAUCGACCAGUACAUCGAGCUGUCUCAACGCAAGUUCACCAACGAAAAAGUGGGCAUCGACCCUCAAUUAACAAACAUAUUCGAGGCAAUGGUGCAGAAAUGUGUCUUAGAAGGCGAGUACAAGCUCGCGUUUGGAAUUGCCCUCGAGAGUUAUAGAUUGGACAUCGUCAAGUCCAUCCUCAAUGACUUGGUCAGCCAAGGCAAGAACGACGAGCUCAUCAUGAAUCUCAUAAGCUACGUUCUCACCUGCUGCACCACAGUGUCCUACGACAUCGAUUUCCGGACCCAGAUCCUGAACUCGUUGGUCUUGAGUCUUGUUUCGUUGGCCAACCCAGACUACACAAUCAUCACCAAAAUCAUUGUCCAACUGAACGACUUCAAGCUGGUGCACAGGAUUUUCAAGGAUUUGCUCAAAUCGAGCGAGAAAGUGCUCAUUGCUUUCCAAAUAGCAUUCGACCUCGUCAGCGUGGCCUCCCAGGAGUUGCUCACAAAGACAACCGAGAUUCUCGACGCUGACCCAUCCUUGGACAAGGAGGACAAAAACAUCAUCAAGCUUAGAAGAAUCCUUUCGGGCGUGCCAACCUGCGACUUUGACAUCACGUUCCUGUCCAACAAUAACAACACCGAUCUUUCGAUUCUCAACACGUCGAAAAAAGUGCUGGAUGGAAGAAACUCCAUUUUCCACUCUGCAGUGACUUUCCAAAAUGCCUUCAUGCACGUGGGAACCACUGACGACUCGUUCUUUAGAUCCAACCUUGAGUGGCUCGGGAAGGCCAAUAACUGGUCCAAGUUCUCCGCCACUGCAGCUUUGGGUGUGAUCCACAAGGGAAAUCUGUCGCAAGGUCGUUCUGUGUUGCAACCAUACCUGCCAGGAAGCACUCCUUCCGCAUACACCAACGGUGGAUCUCUGUUUGGAUUGGGUUUCAUCUAUGCCGGUCAUGGUGGUGAGGUGACAGAUUAUUUGCGCAAGAUUGUGGUUGACAAUAGCAACUCUGCAGACAACAAGAACACAGACAUCAUUUUGCACGGUGCCUGUCUUGGUCUCGGAGUCGCUGCCAUGGCUCUUGGAGACGAGACUAUCUACGAAGAGCUCAAGACCAUCUUGUACGCCGACUCUGCAAUUUCCGGCGAGGCUGCAGCUCUCAGUAUGGGACUUGUGAUGCUGGGUUCUGGUCAUGAGACUGCGUUGCACGACAUGCUGGCCUAUGCCCAAGAGACACAGCACGAAACAAUCGUGCGUGGGUUGUCGAUUGGAAUUGCCUUGCUAUGCUACGGUAAGGAAACAGCUGCCGAAGAUGUGAUUGAGAAAUUAAUUCAGCACCAGGAUUCGAAUCUUAGAUAUGGUGGAUGUUUCACACUGGCAUUGGCUUAUUGUGGAACUGCCAACAACAGUGCCAUUAGAAGACUUUUGCAUAUUGCAGUGUCUGACUCCUCUGACAACGUCAGAAGGGCUGCUGUGAUGGCUCUUGGAUUUAUUCUGAUUAGAGACUACACUACAGUCCCAACGAUUGUGGAACUUCUUUCCGAGUCGUAUAAUCCUCACGUUAGAUAUGGUACUGCAGUGGCCUUGGGAAUUGCUUGCGCUGGUCGCGGAUUGCAAGCUGCAAUUGACGUUCUUGAGCCAUUGACCAAGGAUUCCGUUGACUUCGUUAGACAGGGAGCAACCAUUGCCAAGUCCAUGAUUUUGAUCCAACAAAACGAAAACACUUUCCCUGAGGUGAAGGAGUUCAGAGAACAGCUUUCGAAGACCGUUUCCAACAAGCAUGAGGACUCGCUUGCCAAGUUUGGUGCUGCAUUGGCUCAAGGUAUUCUGGAUGCUGGUGGAAGAAACGUGACUAUUCAAUUGGAGCACGCGCAGACCAACACUUUGAACAUGAAGGCCAUCGUUGGUUUGACGUUGUUCUCUCAGUUCUGGUACUGGUUCCCAUUGACACACUUUUUGUCGCUCUCAUUCAGCCCGACGGCAAUCAUUGGUGUGAGAGAGGACCUUAAGGUUCCAAAGUUCAAAAUUAAUUGCCACACCAAGCCAGAGAUCUUCGGAUAUCCUCCGAAAUCCGAGACACAAGUCGAGAAACAGCCGGAUAAGAUUGCUACUGCUGUGCUUUCCACGACUGCGAGAGCUAAGGCCAGAGCCGCUAAGAAGGACAAGGCCAAGAAGGACGUCAAGGACGAGGACGUGAUGGACGUGGACGAGAAAAAGGAUUCGGAGGACGAGAAGGCCAAGAAGGAGAGCUCGCCAGCGAGCGACGAUUCCGGAAAGAGCCAGCCAGAGUCGUUCUACGUGAAGGAGCCAUACCAAUUCGAGAACAUGACCAGAGUUCUUCCUGCACAGCUGAAAUACGUGACGUUCUCCAAGACAGAGAGAUUUGUGCCUGUUAGAAAGUUCAAGGGCAUGGGAGGAAUUGUUGUUUUGCAGGACACCACUCCCGACGAGCCUGUUGACCGGAUCAAAACUGUGAGAGAGAAGAACAACACAGACGCUCCUGUUCCAGAGCCAUUUACGAUUGACCCGGAGGUGGACAAGGAGCUAUUUGAAGAGAGCGAGUAA